CACUCACUCGACCCGCAUCGCAUUGCCAAUAUCCUUCUCCACCACGCCGUAACCCCUCCUGGCUCGCCGUCCUGUACAGACGAGCCAAGCGGGGGUGGUACAGUAAACGCUGGACGUUCAUCGUGAAUGCCGCCGAAGAAGACGAAACAGCCGAACCAGAGGGACACCAGGCAUGAGAACGGACUUGCUGCGCCGGGCAAGCGAGUCACACGGAAGCAUUCGAACGGUCAACUCGCAAAUGGAAAGCCUGCUACGCCUGCCUCGCCGCCUGCGCUGCCCUCGACGGGCUUAAAUCAAGGCUUCCGCUUCUCGCACCCGCCAACUCUGGAGAAUUGCGACCCCGAAGACGCAUCGCAGACGCCGACUCAGGACUAUGCGGCAGCGACUGACGCCACAAUAAGAGAUAGCACAGCGCCUGAGGCUACCAUGGAAGAAGUGGCUACUCCGCUCGACACGGCAGACUGCGCGAAUGAGCCUGCCUCCGCCGCAGCGCCGGCUGUGGAGGCUCAGGCGCCCACACGCAAGUUCAGCUACUCGAACUUCGACAAUCCCCUGUCUACUGUCUCAACAAUCCUGGCUUACUAUCCGCUUCGGGAUGCAAUCUCCAUCCUGAUAUUGUUACUGUCUCUGCCGCCUACCCUGGUUCUACUCAUUCAAACGCUUUUCGCUUCGCUAACAUUCGUGCCACCGACCGUCGGCAUCUCACUCUCGACUCUGCCAAAUAUCAAAGAAAUCUUCCAUGCGUCGUCGGUAGGCUAUCCGGGCCUAGUGACGGUCAUGAUAGUAGAUUUGAUAUUCUGGGGAGUUUGGCUUGCCACGUCAAAAGCGGCGCAGAAUGUUAUGCUGGAUUUCUCGCAAGCUGUCAUCGCCGUGUCCUUGAGUGGCGCAGCGGCGAGUCCUGGUGGAGCGACGUACAGCAUCGUGGCAAGCUGCACCAUCGUCUGCGUAGUCCACGUUCUCCGAUACAGGGCGAUACAUCUAACCGCGCUCGACUACCUACGCUCGGUGCUACACAAGAUGGACAUUGGCAUACAGCUCGACGGUUUGCCGUCUGCGUCGUCUUUCAUUGCACCACCCAACAUCGAGCGUGGUUGGGUGUUUUCAGCUAUUCGUACGGUCCUUGGAAUACACAUCGUUUCGCAGGGCGUCACGACCUGGGUUCGCCGCAUCCUUGUCAGAGUUAAUGAGCGCGAUCAGACAGUACCAGCAAUCACCAGUACAGAAGCCGAAGCGGCUGUUCCUGCCUCCGACCCUAGCUCGCGAUUACCAACGGCCGCGCCGGAAGUCUCGCAGCCACCUCAGGUAACCUCAAGUACUGAUGGACGGCCCCCGGGACCGUCACCGUCACAGCGUGACGGCAAGGUUCGCGAGUCAAGUAGCAAGAAAAAGAAAAGGCAGGCUACUCAGGUCAGGAGCCAGCAACCGCUUUGGGCAGCAAUUGCUAGCACCAAAGUCACAUUCGUUAAAGAAAUGGAGCAGCGCGACGCAGCGGAUGACGCUCGUGAAGCUGCUCUUAUGGACACAAAUGACACUAAACCAGUUUCUGCAAGCACUACAAACCAUAAUACUAACCGUGUCUGGAUCUUCGAGGUGCUGGACACCGAGGUCUACUUUACUGUGGAGAUGUCGCACGAUGCGGCAACGCAGAGUGUGGAGAAGAUGGAGGAAGGCGUGAGCGUGAGCGCGGGUAUCGACAAGUCGAAGCCGUUCUUUGUACGUAUCAACGGUGCGGCAUGGAGUUCGACGCGCAUUAUGUCAAGUGCUACGGGCGAGGAGUCGGACGGCAAGCCUCGCUUUGACGGUGAGAUCUUCGACCUCGCGCCCAGAGGCAACUACAGGUGCGAGAUUGUUGGUAUCGCCAGUGGCCAAGUUCUUUGUUCUAUGAGCUUGAUCACACAGGCUGCUCCCUCAGCAGAACAGACGGCAGCAACGCCUACGCAGCCCCAACAUCCCGCUUUGCGGCCUUCCUCGCCAAUCACCACGCUCAAGCAGUCGAUACAAUCUGCGGAGGCUAAACUGAACGAGGCUCGCAAUCGUUCGAAGAAGAGUAAGAAGGAUCAGAAAGGCGUCAUUUCCGAAAUCCGUCGUGAGAUCAAUACCCUGAAAGGCAAACUAGAUUCUUCUGGCGGGCUUGACGACAAGCAAGAGCGGCGCAUCCAGCAGAUCACACAGCACAAGAACCAAGCUGAGGAGGCAACAGUCGAACUCAAAGCCCAGAUCGAUGCUUUUGGCGACAUUCCAGAGAACGAGCAACGCGACUUCGAGGCUAAGAAAUCCGCUUGGCAGGCGGCCGUGAAUGCUAAGCGAAGGGCGGAGAAGGAAUUGCUCAACGCCAAAACUGACGCCGAUCGCGAUCUCGGGAGCCUGAAGUCGGAUAUGGACGCUUCCAAGUCGAAGCACGAACGGAUGGAGGCUCGUCUCGCUCAACGCAUUCAGGAGCUCGAGAAACUCACAUCCAAGCAGCAAGCUGACAUGACCGCUAAGCAGAAGCGCGACUACGAGCGUGCUCAAGUCGUGCAGCGUCGCAACGAAGACGAAGCUCAGAUCCGUGCUAAUAUCAGCUCUAUGGAGGCUGAGACUAGCACGUACGAAACGAAGGGUCACGAGGCUAACCAACAGCUUGCCGCAAUACAGAGCUGGAACGCUGCACCGCCGGCGUAUCCUGGCCCGCAGACCAAUGGCUUCCCAACUUACGGCCCGCACGCUUUCGGCCACUCGACGUACGUCCCGCACCAACAGACUAACAGCUACAACAAUCAAGGGCCGCGCGGCCGCAGCUCCAGUAUGCUUAGCCAAUAUUCUGGCUUCACGGAGGGUGGGGAGGAACAGCCUCCGUUCAUCGCAGCGAACCCGCAGCAGCAACAUGGCAACACAUGGCCCAUGUACACUUACGGUCAUGCUGUUGGUGGUGUCGAUCGCAAGGAGAGCGAGGGUUCGAACGGUAGUACUGGCUCGAACUCCCCAAGACCGGAUGCGAAGCCCUUUACGCCCAAGUCUGUGGGUACGAUCGGACCGCCGAGCAAGAAGAGGGAUCAAGCACAGCAGAGUCCGCCUGGCGCGGUUGGUGAUGGUAGGUAGUUCACUUGCAAAACUGGUUGGUGUGUCUGUGUCAUGACGAUUGCUGUCUCUGUCAUCC